CAACAGUUCGUGCUUAGGAUCACUAUCUUUUUUUAAAGAGACCAUCGGCUAUAUUGUUUGACUCAAAAAUAUGUCAUAUAUUUGAAAUAUAUCCCUAAGCGUUGUCCAUUUUCAAGAUUCUGGAGAACAAAUAUGGCCACAUCGAUUUUCUGGUAGGAUAAAAGACAAUUUGAUUGUCUUGUUGUACAUAAAACUGAGAAAAAAGCGCAGCGUUUGUACGUUACGUUACUGUUGUUAAAUCUGCUCAUUGAAUUUUGUGUUUCAUGUUGUUAUCCUGGACUUUGUAGUUUCUGAUUUGUUAUCAGAUGAAAUUGCCUAAUUUUAUGACAACCUACUUAUUGUUUGCAACUUAGAAUACUGCACACUUUGAUCUGAGGUUUCAUCUGGCAAACGGAGUUGGUAAGUAACGUGUUUUAUAACUCUUUGUAGAAAACACUGAAUCGUCAUUGAGAUGUCAAAUAAGAUUUAGUUUGCAAAUUUUUCCUGUUACAUUCUCCCAUUCUCAAAUGGUUGUAGACGGUACAGAAUAAUUCCACACCGCUAAAGCAUACUUCGGCACCAACCGUAAAGUUUUUAACCACUUUAAAAUUGACACUUAUAUAUAGCAGAAGUUUAAGCAUCGAGGCUGGGAAAUCACAGUGUAGAAAAAGUUUAAUAUAUCUGGUGAAUUAUCAAACAUAAUCGAAAGUAUUGAGAGUUGGAGAUUGGGGUAAGAUUUGUCACAGACUAGUAUUAGGAGUUGAGAAUAAUAAUACGGUUAAGAUAAGAGAAUAUUUGGUAGCCAUAUCGAUCAGAUAUAGUCCCUUGUUUUGGAACCUCAAGAGCCUUUCGUUGAAAAUUUGUAAAUUAAGCUGAAAUUCUAUAUAUUUUUGAAAGUUAUUUAUAUCUCUUACUCUCACCAUCAUUUUAAGAAUUAAGCAAUUCCAAGACUUUUCGUUACCUUUGUAAAGCGAGAUUUAGGGUAAUAAACUUCCGAGGUUUCUAUUUUUCUCCUCUUAAGCAAUUCUUUAAUCUGUAAAUGCACGUGUUCUCUGAAACUUCGCAGACUGUGUAUUUCCUGUAGCUAGGUUUUUAACACGUGUAGCAACCCAAUCCAACCUAUUUUCGAUUUAUUUAUUUCUAUUUAUAAGCCGUAAUUUAGAACAGGGUGUAAUUCUCCGACGAUAUCUUUCAAAUACGUCUCCGUAUUUAUCAAUUUGUAGAACUCAAUGAAACGAACAAAUUGCUUUCCAAACUGUUACUUAGCAAUUCAGAUGGUAACAUAUGUGAUUGUCACUUGUACUCUUUUCAGGCCUUGGGAUCGCAUCCUGACCGACCGUGGUGGGACUAUAAUUUAUGGGUGACCUUUGAGCGAUGCCAAAGUGACCUUGAGCAUGUCCACCUACUAUAUAGGACUAAAUGAGAGUCAUGAACCAUAGUGAGAGAUUAGAAUUAUGAUUUACGGUUGAUGGUUUGGGUUAGGAAUUAGACUUAGGGUUUUUGUCACAAAAUGACACCAUCUAAAAUCCAGAAACGCUAUUUAACCAAAUAGAUGACUGAGUUUCUCACCGGAUAUCUUAUAUCUGAUUGGUUCGCCCAUAAAUUAUAGUCUCGUUCCGACUGCAAUCUUACCAAUUUCAUGUAUCAGGAAAUGCAUUUAGCGAUUUCAAUCUGGACUUACUUUCAUGUUCUUAAAUUCUGCUGAAACGACAUCUGUAACUUCAUUUUUUUCUUGUGCGACCCUAGUGAUUUUGAUCAAUGGCUGCGGUUAGGUACAUAUUGACAAAUUUUAUACUCCCGUUUCAUGUGUGUAUGUGGAGAGUUGGUCGGUUAUCAGUGGUGCCUUUGUUCAGUUUAGUUUGCGUUACAAAUCAUUCUGAAAAAUAAGUAUGUUCGUCUGACUCCUUGUUAUUAUUAGGAAGCAUUAAAGAUGUUAUUAUCCAUGUUUCAUCUAAGUAUAGAAAUAAUAGUGUGUCUACGACUUUAACAACCACGUAUAAAUUCUCCGGAAAGAAAAACUGAGUUAUUGCCUAUCCUCUUGAUUGUGUCAAUAUUCAGGUCAAAUUUUAUCUUUGUAGGUCGAUUAAUCUAAUAUAAGUAGGCUAAAUAACAGAACGUGUUCAAUAUCUUUCAUGUUUAGAUAUAUUUUAGAAUGACUUAUUCGUUUAGUUAAUUCGUUCAUAACAAAAUUAUACGCUACUGUUCUACAGUGGAACACUUACAUAGUGAAAUAUAUAUAACUUUAUUAUAUUGCCUUGGAUGCUCAUAAUUAAGGAAUAUGAAACCAAAUAAAUUUAUCAAUAACGGUUUUUUGGGUAUAACAGUGUGUAGUUUGAUUUUCUAUACAAAUUUGUGGGACGGUUUAUUGGGAAGUCAUUCUAAUAUCAUUAUCCAUUGUGUCAAUUGAAUACCAUUUUAAUGAUUAAACAGAAUUUGUUUAAUUGAUAUAUAUAUAUGGUAUAGAGAUACACAGAAGCCAGCCACCAUGAAAAUAUUUGAUUAAGGAUAAUGCAAAACGUUAAUCAGAAACUUCUUAAGUACCAUGUCCCACAGAAAAUCUGAAUUUUACGGUAAAUACAGAAUCAGAAGCCUUUUAAAUAAUUCAUAUUAGUAAGCUGGAAACCAAACUACUCAUACAAAAACAGUAUAAUCUGUAUAAGUAUCGGUAAAUGUAUGAGUGUAAUGUAUAACCUAGAAAGAUAAGAUUUGACAUCCAUACGUUGUAAUUUGUAGUAAAAAGCUUUGAGGGUCGAUUGCGAUAGGGUAAACUUUUUGACCAAUUCAUAUGCGGAAAUACAUCUUACUGUAUUACUACUACAUUGUCCUUGAUAGGUAUACUGUGAGAAGUUCAUUGACAUAUUCAGAACUAUUAUGAUUUUGAUUGUACUAAAAAUAUUCCUAAUUGUUUCCUUCUUACCAUUUAAACCUGUGUUAAUUUUAUUCGGUUAUUUAUGUGCUCUGAAGAUAUGGCUUACAUUAAGUCGCAAAACGUCGGAAAUACAAUUUUCUGCUCAUUGAGAUAUAACAAAAAGGAUGUUUUCCACUAACUUUCUAUCCAAUGAUCAAUUUAUUUGAAACUGUCAAAUUCAACCUUGAAAUUGAUACCUACAGUGAAAAGUUUGUUUAAAUAGUGUUGUUGAAUUCGCAUUAUUAGUUGCACCCAUCUCUAACUGUAAACACUACUGAGGCAUUUUUUGUUACAAUAUAAGGUUUUUAGUUUCGAAAGUGACAUUCUAUUUCAUGCUUUCGCCCAAACAAUACUUCAGAUUAUUUAGAGUUGUUUUAAAUGUCAAGUUUCGAUUGGUAUCUGACCGCAUUUACCACUUAAUUUGUUUGGCGUUUCUUUUUAUUACAGCCAAAUGUUCUCCUCAGAUUAUGAUGGUUGUGAGUCUGACAGUAGUUCAUCCAGGUAAUUUAUGACCAUCAAUCAUCAUUCGUGUCAUUUUAUUUCGUUAAAGUGAUUUGUGUUAUGACAACAGAAGUGUCAAUGCGAUCGAGAUAUCCAAAGCUAAAGCUAUGGAGUUUGAUGAAUUAAUGAACAAAGAACUUGAUUUAUUGAUCAGAAGCGUUCACCAUAAAGCAACGGAUUUGAAAACAGGAAAAAAGCAAAAUAAAAAUCUCAGAGUGAGAUUUAAAAAGGAUCAUGACGAUGGCGAUGACUUUCCAGUAGAUAAAGAUCCACUUUGCGAUUAUGAAGAAGAUGAGGCUAAUGCUAAAUGGGUGCAAGAAAAUCUCCCUGGAGGGAAGAGCGAGAAAUCUGAUGCCAUCCUUAACUGUCCUGGAUGUAUGUCUGUGUUAUCUCUAGUUAGUCAUAGGUAAGUUUGGGCUUUAUUUGAGCCGAAAUAUGUGUUGUAGUUCUGUGCUAUUAAGUUUCUUGUAACGACUGGGAAUAAUCGAAAUCUACCUUAAGCCUCAUGUGGUUAAGCGAAGAUAUACUUGUAUACGUAAAUGUCUGGUUUUGAUUUUAGAUAUGUAGGUACCCACGGUAUUAUUAAACCCUAACUAGAAAUUGUGCAUACAGGAUAAAGGAUUUUAGCUACUUAAGUACAUUACUGGCUUGGAUAAUACCACAUGUUUCGUCAUAACUUUAGCAUUAACCCUUUAUGGGUUUUCAAACAACUAUUUUCAGAACAUAAUUAUUGAAGUGUUUGCGAAAAAGUGUGACUUUGUAUCUAUUAUUCCGUUCAUUUAUAAUCGCUCACAUUCAUGCCUUCAUUCACAUCUACUCUGUCAAUCAUUUUCACGAUGAUUUGGUGCAUAACAAUUAAUCUUUGGGUACUUCUGGUUUAUAACUCAACGUCUCCUUACAUCUUCGUGGUAGGCUAAGUGGAUUAAGCGAUUUGGAUCGCAUCAAUAUGAUAAAGAAUGUGACUAGACAUAUCUCAUUAUAACAUGACAUACUAGAAUAAUAUUAAAGCGUGAUGAGUUAUUUUAUAUUAAUACUUUAAAAUUUUGUUCUUGAUUAGCAACAUUGAGGAACAAAUAAAUUUUAAACUAUAUAUGGUUUUCUAAUUUUAGGCACCCACAUUUCAAGACACAAUAUUAUACAGAAUACCCUAUCAAUUGUAUUGUGGACGAAACUCAAAUAAUAUCUCGAACGAUAUCAAAACCACAAAAUGCGAAAAAAUCUCCAGAAAGCAGUUUGAAAUCAAACCGGAAUGUCAUGAAGGAAUAUCACCCGGUCACUUGUAAAGUAUGCGGUAAUUCAGUCGGAUGUAAGGAAAUCCAGACCAAUAUGAUCUACUUCAAUGACAUACUUGCAAGUCAUAGUUAACUGAAGGGAUUUUUUGCACAGGAUAGGUGGUAUGGCUACUUAAUAAUAUUAAGUAGCUUGUUCCGAGUAACAUUAAUUCAUGGACUAGGACUUUUUGUGAACAACUUUAUUUCACUGUAUAUAAGUAAAUUGCUUUUUUUAUCUCGGAAAUUAAUAAAAUCUCGGGCAAAUGCAUUUCAUAAUUGUUUUUCAUCUAGAAUACUUAAAACAAGAAUCCAGAAACUGUUAGCUUAUUCCAUUUCUUUAAUUUAGUCCUUUACCAUGUCAUGUAAUUCACAUUGAAGUCGAAUUGUUUGUUUUUCAUGAUGAGGAAAACCUAAUAAGUUUUUUGCAUAAAAAAUAGGCUCUUUGAAAAUUUCAGGCCUCAAAAUAAUAGUUGUUACUGUCGUGAAAUUUCUUACAAAUGUAGCAUCUGUCCACAGGUAAACGUUAAACUUAGAAUAUAAUUGUAAGCGAAGGUUAUUAUUUUCAUCUUAUCACAGUUAUCUGUGUGGGAAUCUGUUAUGGAUGUGAAAUUCCUAAAUGGAACUUAGAAUAAAGUUAAUAUCUACCUAAUAUGAAUUUUAGUUAUAUUAAUUUAUUCAAUUUGAAUUCUGUUAAUGAACUUUCAAUUGCAUUUUUCACUAUGAUUUACGCACAUUGAUAACUCAAUUCAGAAACUAUAGUCAUCGUAACCAAUAUAUAACUGAUUGUCUUAAAUUUAUUUUGAAUUCUACUGAAUUUUGACCAAUAAGGCCUCUAUACAGCAACAGGACGUCUUACUCCAGUUAUUGGGGCAGGGAAGAAGACAAUAACAAUAGUCUCAUUCACCGUAUUGAAGAUGGAGUCGUGAAACCGUAGCUUAGGACACAAAUGUAUUAACUAGGGACGAGGUUGAUGAAAGGUUGAUCAUACACCCGGACUCAAUGACUUAUCUAAGGACAAACGAGAUAAAUCCUAACAGUGUGCUCGUACUACUGUGAAGGGACGCUGUUAUCAAGUGUCGAAAACAGACCGAAUCAAACACUCAUAUACACCCGAUAAGUAACAGAGAGGGGCAAAAUAUGCUACAACAUGACUCCUGUCAAGAAGAAAGCAGAUCUCAAAUAACUUAUGUUUUAAAGAAUUGGGAUUUAGUGUUGCUUGAAUUACAUAAAUGUGCUAAAAUCGUCCUCAUGUAUUGCAAUUCAAUUAUUCAUCAUAAUAAUGGAUGCACGCAAGUUUUCCAGGGAAACGACAAAAAAAGGAUGUAACCUACCGAAUAGAACAAAUGCAGAAAAAUCUUAAUAAAGUUUAAUUAAUCAUCAUCGAUGAUUUAUUGUUAGUUCUACGAUUUCACGUCUGUAUGGACUGCCAAAAUUACACAAGAAAAAUGUUUCUCUUUGUUCUAUAACGAAUACAAAUAACACCCUAUACCAUGCAACUGACAACUGAAUUGUGCAAAUUCCUUAAAUAGCUGGAGAUCAGAUCAAUAAACAUAGCGCCAACAAUUAAUUUACUUCCAUAGACACCAAUGUAUUUGGAAAAAGAAUGACUUCAUUAAAUGUCGCCUCACUUCUCAAAAAUACUCCUCUUACACAGGGACAAUUUGUUCACUGUGAAUAGAUUACAAAUGAUAAUAUUGGGAUUCCAAAAUAAUAUCUAAAGAAAUCGCUGUUACACUACGCUAUGAGUUUAUAAUUGCGAUUUAAUAAUGAGUUAUACAGACAAAUGUGUAUGGCAUUAAGGUCGCUACUAGGUCUUCUCUUAUCAGAAGGCUUAAUAGUCAAUCUGGAAAAUACCAUUAUUCGAUUAACAGUUAGUGACUUUUGUUUUUACGAGGUAUGUAUGGAUGAUAUCUUCAUUAUCUGUGACGAGAGUUGGGAUCUCAACAGAAUUCCACAUGUACCACCAGAAAGUCAGAGUUGAGCACAGAAUUUCACUUUUUUGAUGUUUUUAUGAAAAGUAAACCGGAUUAGUCUCUGCAAAGACCAGUGUAUAGAAGAACGACAUGAGACUGACAGCGUACGAACUUCUAGAUUUGGAUUUAACUAGGCAGAAAGAUAAACCUACUACAUUCCGUAUUGCUGAGAACCACAAGAGUUCGCACGGAGGACACACUCAGCAAAAAAACUAAACAGAGUCGGAGAAACGCUCAUAAAAACGGGAUUUAUCAGAUUCAUUUACAAAUAACUAAAACGAGAGAGCUAAAUAAACAGAAGAAAUAGUACUGAAGAAGAUUUUGUUCUUGUAUAUUGAGCUUAAAGCGAGGGAGUAUAGUUGCAGUGAUCUUAAGAAAUCAUUGUCAAAAUUGUUGAGUGAGAUACUCGAUUCAACUGAACUAUGGAUUGCAUUAUGCAGUAACUAAUUCAAGGAUGAACCGUUGCUUUGGUUACCUCCGUGUGCAUCUGUCAGUUUAUUUGCUCGUGUGGAAUAUGUUGUUGUUAACUCCAAUAUAUAUCCUCUUUCCAAAAGCAUAUCUGAACACUACCGAGUAUGGUUAUCAAAAUGUGAAUGCGAACCAGCUACUAUUUUUAUUUUUAAACUGUUUCAAUUCUAAAUAAUUCAUGAAGUCAAGCGAACUGGUUAUAAGGGCAUCCGAUUGAAAAAUAUGUGUAUAGCGAAGGGUUUGACGGUUCGUCGAUUCAAGGUUGGUCUUUGAGAUCAAAAGUGAUAUAUCUAAUCCCUUAUUUAGCGAUGAUCCUAACACCUUAUUUUAAAUUGUUAUGAUAUGUAUCCGUCUCUUUUCUCCAUAUAUUCGCCAAGUGAACACUUAACUUCCACACCUCUUUUCUAUGUUGUUUUCAUUCUUAUUACUCUUAAAAUUUUUGAUUAACUCUUGUUACCUGUGCUAAUGACUCAACAUUUUAAAAUUGUAUUAUACAUUAAUAUGUGUAAAAUAAUUGUAGAUACCAUUGUACAACUUGAGAAAAUAACAUCAAUAAAUUUUUUUCUUCCGAACUGUUUUUAUUUUACCCAGUUGUUAUUACAUAGUAGUGCCAAACUGUGAAUACGGAACUAGUUGGAUUCAGAAAUAAGUAUAGUAGGGUCUUGAAUGAUUCAGCUUAUCGCAUCCAUUUAUCACGAAAUUCAAACCAGUUUCCUGACAUAGAUCCUAUUUAUGAGUGUAGUUCUACUAAUCACGUUAAUAUGUCACAAGUAAUUUUUAUUUUACUUUUUUGUAAAUUAAAAAAUGCGAAACUUGCUACUAUAAAAUAUAAUGAGUUCGAAUAUUUUCACAAACAUUUUAGCUGAUAACAGUAAAAUCUAUUUGUCCAGAAGUAUUCCCUGACGAGAGUGAUUUGGCUUAGUAGAUGCAAACGAAAAACUAUGGUAUAAUCUCAGAACACAACUUAUAUAAAUUGUUUGAUAUCAUUUGUAAAAGUAAACAAUAUCUAUCCAUAGGCAUAUGCAUUUGUCUGUUUACCACUACUCAAGCUCUAGCUAUCUUCAAUUCCAAGCUAAUUCUACGUGUACAUUAAAUAGGCUUUAAGAUCUUUUUUAACGUCUGAGCCCUAGUUCCUUAUGCGCUUUCAUAUUCUUCUUUCUCUGUCUGUGUUUUUCUUAAACUUCAAGGGUAUUUCUUUCUGAGUGCAGUAUAAUUUGUUAUGUUUGACAUAGAUUUACAAAUUUUAUUUUUAUCUCAUAACAUGUCAUAUUCAUAUUCACAAUGACAUUGAUUUACAUAAUUUGAAGGAAAAUUCUACCAUAAUCUCUUACAUGUGUUCGACCUUUAGCCUUGUAUAAUUUUCGUAUUUUCUAAUCAUUUUGACGAUUCAUAUAUUUUAUUCAGUUGUAUUGACCUUACUCCACAAGUUAACGAAAUAAUAUUAUUAUCAUUUAGAUUAUAAUUUCCUAUAUAUUAGUACAUCAUUUGAAAAUAAAGUCGUCACAAUGAUGAUUUUUCUGUCGAAAGAUUUGUUUUGUGUUUGGAAGUGGUUUAAAAACCCAAACUAGAACUGUGAUUAUACGGAGUUAAUGCAGCUUAAAAUUUGCCUAGUUCACAGUUUUAAUUUUUAUUAAUUGAACGAUUAAUUGAAACAAUCUAAAAAACCUUCCUCAUAUAUAAUUCGCUAAAUAUUUAGAAACAAAGAGUAUUAUCUAUAAGCUUUAGAUGUACUUGAUGUAGUUUAAUUCUGAUACGAUGUCGGUUUAUCCGUUUUAAAUCUACUGAUUUAUGGAGCGUGAUGUUUGCGGAAUUCGUGACGUUCGUAACACUAAGAUUGUGAUGAUUAAUUCGUACAUCUAAAUAGUAUUAAUGAUGAUAAUGUAUCUAAAUCGUACAAUGUAAAUUAUCUCUAACCACCUACUCAAAUUCAUGCAGUUCUCUUGAAGAUGAUCCACAUUCAUAAGAAAUAACUAUAGGACGGACUGUUCAAUACGGAGAUUAUUUUGAGAUGUGUUUGGUAAUAAUGAGAAAAGAUAAAAUAUUUAAUUGAAAUAAAGUAGAAUUAAAUACUUGUACAAUGUAUUCAGCCCUAUUUGUAAAUUUCUAGUUUUUGAAUUACUGUUAUGAUUCUUUUCCAAUACUGCAAUUUAUUAUCAUGCGGUUAAUCGAAUAUUAUUCCUUAAAGAUGAGUCCGACUAGAUCUUAGUCAGUUAUAAAAAAUGUAAGACCUGUGACAGAAAUUCACCUGCCGAAAUUGUCAUUACAAAGACAAAAAAUUAAUAAAAGUGUAAAGUAAAACAGUGGAAAUGGUGGAAAACUAAAUUCUGAUAGUAUCGUUCGAAAGUUCAAGGAAUUAACAAUGUGAGUAAUGUAAACACUAAAGAUUUAAAGUUAAUGAAAUUGACUAUGAGUUGUCAUUUAUGGUCUAUCAAAAACUACAAUCUCUGCUUGGAUUCUAACCAAGGAGUCAGCACUUCUCUGUACUGCAUAGACAAUUGUUGAAUGACUGCUCGAACUGUGCGCACGCUUUGGUAUAGUCGACUCUAAUAAUUUCCUCACUCCAAUUUUAUGUUAGCCAUCAUGACAGAUAACUAGUAACUGAAUACGCAGUUUCUAUGUCACAACCUUGAUAGAUUAGACCCAUUUAUAAAAUAUAAGUCUGACUUAAUUGGAUGGUAUGCUUGUUAUUGUAUAACUUAAUAAUGUUGAUUAGUUUUCAUAUGUACAGAUGACACAUCAGAAAGUAUUACAUUUUCAAUAACAAAUCUGAUGACCCAAAAUUACUGUUUUCUAUAUCAAACAGUUGAGAGACUACGAAAUAAUAAGGAAAUAUACUUUUGGAGAGCUAUAACUAUACACAAAUGCUAACAUUUUAGGACCAACUCGUCUCGUUACAUAAGUAAAUGAAUCAGCAUAAAAUGGCUAAUCAUCUCUUCGGUAUAAACGAAUUCAAGUUAUAUUAUUGAAGGAAUAAUGCAAAAACAAAGUUAAAUACCAUCUGAGAAGUUUUAGCAAACAUCAUAUCUCAAAGAGACACUAUAAUGUAUACUACUUGUGUACGAACAGGUACAAGUAGUAUAUAUCAGGAAUUGAAAGUAGGAUUUCUAACGGACAGAAAAGAAAAACAGAAAGCAAUCAAAAUAACAACAGUAAUGAAAUAGAGGACUUAAGGAGGGUGGGCAAAUAUUGUAUUUAACGUAUUGUUUUCAUAGUUUACAAAUACAGUGUAAUUUACAUAAUACUACACGUUGAUUCAAUCUAAAAAAGGUCUUCAUUUACUAGUAUACUUCCACUACAGCAACAAUCAGCCGUCAAAGUUCAUCAAAAAGAUUUUCUGCUGUUAAAAGAAUCCGGAAAAGACUAGUACAUAGCAUAAUGAAGGAUAACUUCUUCUAGAUAGCAGUAGCAAACUGCACAACUUGACAUAAUUAUAUUUCAUUUGAACAUAAUGACUCAUAAUCAUAUUGUAAAGAAAAUCAACGUUUAAGCAAAAUUGAACAAGUGAUAAGUUACUAAUUUUCGACCGUACCUGUUUCUCACAUAUAUUGAUUAUAAUUAUUCUUAUGAUGAUGUUUAGAUAAAACUAGAUAAAUAACUUUUAGAUUUAGUGAGUUGUUUUUAUGAAUAGUUAAGUAAAUGUAAGAUAUUUUCUUUUAAUGAUUGAAGACACUUAAAAGACAACAGAAAGACUUCAAGCGUUGAGGAGUGUUUAACCUCGAGUAGAGUCGUAACCGCUAAAAAGUCUAGAACUAAAAUGAAACACUACCAAAAUAACAAUUUAUUGCUUCCUGGCUGUCAAUCUAUGUUAGUUUGUAGUGAAAAUCAGCUUCCCAGAGUAAUCUUUCAUUUUACGAAUUUUUUUAACUUGUUAAUAAUAAGCCACAAUAAAGCACUUUAAAAACAAUCUAAUUUAUAUUAGACUAACCAAAAUAUAUGAAACGAUCUUCGAUAACUUCAUCAUAGUUUGACUAUAUAUAACAGCAAAAUCUUAAUGUAGCUAAUCAGUAUAUUGCUUCUUUCUAGGACAGAAUCACAAGAUUGAAUGAAUAUUAUGCUAGUAUUAAAGCAUCAGUACAUUUAUACGUAUAUUUCUUCAUUCGUUUUAUUUUAUUAAAGACCGUUGUUAUUGAGUUUAAAUAAGUUACCCACAAACAUGUGAUGUGGUAUAUCGAUUUGUUAAAUUGAAAAUAUUGUAACAGAGAAUUAAUUUUAGUCAUGUACUCGCUCAAUUUUAUUUCCCCAAAGUUUGCGAUACAAAAUUUGAAAGUUUCUUUAUCUAUUAAGUUUGUUUUGGGUAUUGAUGACAUCACUCGCUCAUCUAUAACGUAGGAUCAGGCACAUAUAUGCAUCGGUUCAAGUUGCUAAACCCAGUUAGCACAAGACGAACACCAAAUUCAUGGAAGUAGUUACUUCAAUGGUAGAAAUAGAUAAAAAAGAGAUUACAUAUAUGGGGGGAGAUUUAGUUCGUAGAAAUAAAGGUAUGAAGUAAUUUUAAUCUCAUGGUUUAAGUGAAGACAAAGAGUGUAAGCACCUAUACCAUUGUGAUCAAUUCUGAGCUAUAUCACUCAGUCUCUAGCCACUCCUUAUGAGAGUCGCGCAGACCCCGCCCAAGUAGUCUGCCAUAAAAACGUACGAAUAAAUGUCGACAACAAAUGCAUAAUAACAUUGGCUGAAUAAUUGAACUUAUUCACAACAUAUAAAAUCCUUACUAAUGAACAACUUUUGACAUUGUGUACUAUCUGCUACCUAGUGUCAAUUCUUUCAUUACCAAUGUAGAAUAAGUUUUCGAUUUUGCAAGUUCCACAUUAUUUUAACACCUAAAUGAAUCACUUAUAAAAUCUAAGGAAUAAAAUAAUAUUGGUUAAUCGAACUAUUGAGGUUUUGGAUUUGAAGGAAAGUUCCAACAGAAAUUUCUAGUUUUGAUUUCAGUGACAGUGAGACAGUUGUUAAUCUCUAUUGUUUCUUUUUAGCAAUCUAAUGAUUGAUCUUCAUUUCUUUACAACGAGAGUCAUCUUGAAACUAAACGAAAGGUAUCACAAUAUGAAUACUAAAUCUCAUUUGCUAUUCCAUUUGAUAAACAUUUUAAUCAUAAUUAGCUUUGAUAGCUAUUCUUACAACAAGAAUUUGUUUUUUGCACUUCUCUUUCACAUACAUACGCAGUAUAAUUUUUCUAUUCUCGGAUUUUAGUUUAGUUUAUCAUCGUUUAUGUAGCAAAACAAAUUUAAACUUCGUACAUA